AUGCAGAGUGACUUUGACCCUUCAAAGAUUACCUAUAAGGGUACGAUGGAAAAAUGCGGAGGCAAUGUUAAGAACUGGAAGAAGAGAACUUUUGUCAUUAGCGAAGUAACAUUGUACUAUUUCAAAGAUGCGACAAUGACCGAAGAACUAGGUAAGAUUCCACUUAUUGAUACCACACUAACAUUAGAACCAGAGACAGAAGGACCUGGUUUUUAUUUCAAACUCCAUUUAGCUCCAAAUGCUUCCGCUGCUCGUACUGAUUAUCUUUUCAGAUCCCCAACAGAAGCAGAGCGUACAGAAUGGAUCAACGAAAUCACAAAGGCAAGCAAAACUACAAUCUUUAAUAAACCUCUUCUCAAUGCUCUCAAGAUUAACCCAGAUGAUAGAGAAACACCACUCCCAAUUCCAUAUUUCAUUAAGACCGGCGUUGAUUAUCUUAAUGCUAAUGGUCUAAAGGUCGAAGGUAUCUACCGUUUGAAUGGCUCUAGCGCUAAUAUUGAAACUCUUCAGAAACAGAUUAACAUGAAUGAGAAAGUUUCCUAUUCCGACGUUCACACAGCCACAGGCCUUAUCAAAUUGUAUCUUCGUACUACACCUGACUCGAUUCUUCUCAAGAAAAAUUACGAUGCAUUACAAACCAUCGCUAAUCUUCCAGAAGAUAAGCAGGGCGAGCCUGUCUCCCAAAUUGUUCGCACAAUUCCUCUUCCAAAUUACGUUCUUUUGCAUUAUAUGUAUUCACAUCUCAGGAAAAUUCUCGAGUUCGCCGACCAGAACAAGAUGAGCGAGCGUGCUCUCGGCGUUUGUAUCGGCCCGUCCAUUGUUACUUGCAACGAAGAAUCGGCCAACGCUGCUUACAAUGAAUCCGCUGUCCAACAAAGCAUUUCUACAGCAAUAUUCCAGAAUUUCGACUUAAUCUUCGGUCAGAACCCAUUGAUGAGAUUCCGAUCUACUAGCAAUACAGACUUGUACAGAGUCAAGAAGAAUCAAAUAGAUUAUCCAUACAUCCUUAAGGCUCCUGCAAAUGCCGUUGUCCAAUCAGUUUGCGAAGACGCUACAGGCUGGUAUAUUUGCGUUUAUAAUGAUCAGUGGGGACUUAUCCACAACUCAAUGCUCGAAAAGGUCAAUUCCCCAUUCGGAGUUAUUUCUGGACUUGCUUCCCAGGAUAAGAAAUGGACCAUCCCUGAAGAAAUCUUGGAGAGAUUCGCUGCAGAGUGCCCUGAGGCAUCACAACUUUACGAAAUCUUGUUCAACAAGCUUAAGGACCUUCGCGCUAAAGCCAAGAAAAUGUCGAACUAA